UCAGUGGGCAGUGCAGUCUGUGCUGUGCUAUGGUGUGUGUGUGUGUAUAUGUGUGUGUGUGUGCGUGUGUGGUACGGCGGACUGAGUGGUGCGGGUACGGAUGCGGAGCGGAACCGAGCCGUAGUAUAAAAGGAUAGCUGCGCGCGCCUUCCGGUGUCAACAACUUUUUGUUUUUUUUUAGUUAUUAUUAUUAUUAUUAUUAUUAUUAUUAUUGUGAUUAUUAUCAUUUGGUUCGUUGAAAACCUGUUAAAAAGACCCGAAUGUCGGAUUUGGAGUUCUGAUCGACGGUUUGGAUCGUGCUUGUUUGAUGUUAUUUGUCAGCGCGCGAGAAGAAACAACUCGACUCUUUGAUCUCUAGCUUCGACGUUUGAAGUGGAGCGGAGUGGAGUGGAGUGGAGUGAGCGGCGCGCGCGCGCCUGGAGAGUGAUUUCCUCCUGUGUUCUGGUUCUGGACGGGUUCCUCUUCACUGCUGGGACUUUCUUGUGCACGGAUCUAGUGGAGACAAAAAGUCGACAGCGAGAGAGGAAUUAAAGACACUUCUGAUACCGAGAAGGAUCUUCUCCACCUGCUCAGAUCUGCACAAGGUCUACAUUCCCUCCGGAUCACACAGGGAUACACGCAAGAUGUAUCCACAGGGCCGGCAUCCGGCGCCUCAUCAGCCCGGGCAGCCCGGGUUCAAAUUCACAGUGGCAGAAUCGUGUGACCGGAUCAAAGACGAGUUUCAGUUCCUGCAAGCCCAGUAUCACAGCCUGAAGGUGGAGUAUGACAAACUGGCCAACGAGAAGACGGAGAUGCAGCGUCACUAUGUCAUGUACUAUGAGAUGUCCUAUGGACUCAACAUCGAAAUGCACAAACAGACCGAGAUUGCAAAGCGCCUCAAUGCAAUUCUUGCUCAAAUCAUGCCUUUUCUGUCACAAGAGCACCAACAGCAGGUAGCGCAGGCUGUUGAGCGUGCUAAGCAAGUGACAAUGACCGAGCUGAAUGCCAUCAUCGGGGUACGUGGACUUCCCAAUCUGCCUCUCACCCAACAAGCCCAUGCUGUCUAUCCCGCUCUGAUGCAGCAGCAGCUCCAGGCUCAGCACCUCUCUCAUGCGGCACACGGUCCUCCCGUCCAGCUGCCCCCUCACCCCUCUGGCCUGCAGCCCCCCGGCCUUCCCCCAGUCACAGGCUCUGGAUCCGGCCUGCUCACGCUUGGAGCGCUGGGAAAUCAGGCUCACUUACCGGUCAAAGAUGAGAAGAAUCAUCACGAUCUGGAGCACAGAGCAGACCGGGAGUCGAGCACGAAUAACUCGGUGUCACCGUCGGACAGCCUGAGGGUCAGCGACAAACACAGGGCCUCGUCUGACUACAGCUUGGAUCCAAAGAAACGCAAAAUGGAGGAGAAGGACAACUUAAGAUAUGACAGCGAUGGGGACAAAAGUGAUGACCUGGUGGUCGACGUGUCCAAUGAGGACCCACCCACUCCUCGGGGCAGUCCCUCUCACUCUCCCCCAGAGAACGGCCUGGACAAGGCCCGCGUGCUGAAGAAAGACGCCCCAAACAGUCCAGCCUCUGUGGCUUCAUCUGGGAGCACGCCGUCUUCCAAACCCAAGGAUCACCCUCAUAAUGAUAAAUCCUCGACGCCAGGCCUGAAGUCCAACACUCCCACCCCACGCAACGACGCACCCACCCCAGGAACCAGCAGUACCCCAGGACUCAGGCCCAUCCCUGGACCCAAACCCCUUGGCAUGGAAGUGUUGGCUCCCGCACUGCGGACUCCUCUGUCCUACGCCGCUCCAUUUGCAAUGAUGGGUCACCACCCAGACAUGAACGGCUCUCUCUCCAGUACAGGUGUCUACGGCCUCAUCUCCCCUCAGAUGAGCGCAGCGGCAGCUUACGGACGACCGCCCAUGCCUGGAUUUGAUCCACAUCCUCACAUGCGGGCCCCAGGUCUCCCAGCCAGCCUGACGUCCAUCUCUGGAGGAAAACCUGCGUACUCGUUCCACGUCAGUGCAGAUGGUCAGAUGCAGCCCGUCCCUUUUCCUCCAGAUGCGCUGAUCGGACCAGGCAUCCCACGCCACGCACGCCAGAUUAACACGCUGAGCCAUGGCGAGGUGGUCUGUGCCGUCACCAUCAGCAACCCCACACGCCAUGUUUACACCGGUGGCAAGGGAUGUGUGAAGAUCUGGGACAUCAGCCAGCCUGGUAGCAAGAGCCCCGUGUCCCAACUGGACUGCCUGAACAGGGAUAAUUACAUUCGCUCGUGUAAGCUGCUCCCAGACGGCCGCACACUGAUCGUGGGUGGCGAGGCCAGCACUCUGACCAUUUGGGACUUGGCCUCUCAGACGCCGCGCAUCAAGGCUGAACUGACCUCAUCAGCCCCAGCCUGCUACGCUCUGGCUAUCAGCCCUGACGCCAAGGUCUGCUUCUCCUGCUGCAGCGAUGGAAAUAUCGCCGUGUGGGACCUACACAACCAGACCCUUGUCAGGCAGUUCCAGGGUCACACAGAUGGCGCGAGCUGUAUAGACAUCUCUCACGACGGCACCAAGCUGUGGACAGGUGGCCUGGACAACACCGUCCGCUCCUGGGACCUGAGAGAGGGACGACAGCUCCAGCAGCAUGACUUCACCUCACAGAUCUUCUCUCUGGGUUACUGUCCGACUGGCGAGUGGUUGGCUGUAGGGAUGGAGAGCAGCAACGUGGAGGUUCUCCACCACACCAAACCAGACAAAUACCAGCUACACCUGCAUGAGAGCUGCGUGCUCUCCCUCAAAUUCGCCUACUGCGGUAAAUGGUUUGUGAGCACGGGGAAGGAUAAUCUGCUGAAUGCCUGGAGGACGCCGUACGGCGCCAGCAUUUUCCAGUCAAAGGAGUCCUCAUCUGUCCUGAGCUGUGACAUCUCUGCUGAUGACAAGUACAUUGUGACAGGAUCUGGUGACAAGAAGGCCACAGUGUAUGAAGUCAUUUACUAGCUUUAGGAGCGAUCCACUAAAUCCAAGGACCUGUGACCAGAGCUUUUCUCGGGCUUGUUAACAGUGGACACUGAGUGAUCCCUUCCCCUUCCUCCAAAGACCUCCAAGAUAUGGAACAAUGCUGAGGUUAUAUUUCAACUGGGAAUUAAUGUGAUGUUUUUUGAUCUUUUUUUUUUUUGUGAUACUGGACUCGUCUGCUACAGGAUCUUUUGGAGAGACUGCUCAACAAAUCUGAGGACCGCUCACGGACGGCACUAAAGAAGUACAUAUUGUCUUGCCUUUAACAUUCGGUCUGGUCAUGAGAUUCUCCGGGUGUGUGUGCCUAUUCCUUCAGUCAUUAGUCCUCGAUUCUCUGCUUUGUUUUAAAGAAAAGCAACUGAUCUGUGAUGCAACAUGAAGCAGUGCUUCAUUUUUAGCCUCCUGCUCCCUGGACGACUUGUGAAAAGUGUAUAUAUGGAGUAAUAAAAACAUUUUAUAAAUAUAUAUGAUUAUAUAUAUAUAUUUCCUUGUCCUGGUAUACUUGUGAUGGGUUUUCUUUGUCCUCAUGUCCUUGAUGCUUGAUAAACAAACCGUAGAUUAGGACCUACUUUUUUUAAAGGUGGAUUUGUCUUUUUGUUUCGAUUUUUGUAAGCAGACUCUCUGGGUUGCCAAUUAAUGGUCCACUUCUGGGUGGACAUGAUGUUGAGAUGUUGAACAAGGACCUUUUAAAAGCUUGGCUGGUUUGGUUUGGACGUUAAAGGUAUACCGCAGUGGCCAUGGAUGAUGCAUUUUGGACAUUGUAGAUGGUAGUUUCAGGGGCAAUGCCAAAUAGCGUUAGACUCAGCCAAGUCUGGAGAACACCCAGAGGAACGUGGGAAGAUGUUUGUAAAUUAAAACCAAUAUUAAACUUGGACAGUUAACUAACUGUACUGAUUUGUCUAUUCCUUUGGCCUCAUUUGAUGUCUCAUUGAUCUCACUGGAAGUGGGUGGGCGGGGCUGAGGCAGGUAAGGUCUUGGCUGUUAGUCGGUCACUCACCUUUUUUCUUUCUUUCUUUUUUUUUUUUAAAUAUACACACGAUGAAGAAACAUUGUCGCUGCUCUCUGAUUUGAGCGGGUUCCUGUGUGAAGAGCACAAGAUCACGAGUGUUUUCACAACCUGCUCUUGACUGCAAUGAUGGGCUGAAGCAUGCUGCUUUGUGUGGGAGUAUGUUUAAGCAAGAGAGGAACUUUUGAAAUGUAAUCCAAGCCAUUCAGACUGAUGUGUAUUUGCACUACUGUAGAAGCAGCAUUGGGUCCAGAUCCUCCUGUUUUGUUUUGUUUUUGUUGUUUUUUGUGCAGUGCUCCUUACUUCACCCCAAAUUGUGUAGCAAUCUGUUUCAACACUGUUACCAAUUCAAUAAACUUUUAAAAAUAAAAAUCCA